AUGAAUAUUUUUCAAGCCGAAGGAGAAGCGUUUGCAAAACCUAACGUCACCAAGAUCCCAAACACACAAAUAUCGACAUAUGGGAGUUCACUCACUCUGGUGUGUGAGGUAUAUGGUCAGUACAGCAUAAGAUGGUACAAAGUUGGAUUAGAUGAAGAUUUAAUGACCGAUGAAGAAAUAGUAUCUAAGAAAAAUGUUAAUAGUCUUACCUUUGUAAUUCCAAGAGCGACCGAAAAGGAUGAUGGGAUAUAUGUGUGUGAGAUACAGCGUUUCAUUGUAAAAUACAUCGCCAACAAUACAAUUGUUGUGAAGUCACAAGGUACAGUAAAGAUAUGAUUGUAUGUUUGUCGAAUGUGGAAUUAAAAACAGAAACGCCGAGUAAUAGGGAUGCAUUUUGCAUCAUAGCGCUCAUGUAAGGAAGCAAAAAAACUUUAAAAAUCUUAUGUUUUGUCAUAUGUGUUGAAGGUUACCAAAAAUUGACACAGAUGCACAUGCAAUUUUUAAUCCAGUCGUCCCUCGGCAAUCUGACAUCCGUGUUGACAAAAAUGGUCUCACUUUAAACUAUACGCACUGUAUAUGUAGCCUUUCAAUUGGGAAAGAUCGAGGAAAAGGAAAAGCGCGAGGGAGGGCGGGAAAUGUUUACAGCAACUGAAUCAUGCUUCUAAGAUCCUCAACUAUUUGUACUCUUGGCUAACGUUGGUCCUUGUUCUAUAUAUAGGACUCAGCUUUUGAAUCUGUUUUAGAAGGUGAGGAGCCUUCAUUUUCUGAAUUUAAUGCAUCAUCUGAGAUCAGAUUGAAGGAGAAUGACCAUGUUUCUGUCAGCUACUCUGUAUCUGGAAUUCCUAGCCCAAAUAUAACCUGGUUUAUAACAAAGAACGGUUUGCCUUCCAAGCAAAUCGCGCUAUGUCCAUCCAAUGUGAGCCAUUGCAAGCUGAGCAGCUGGAGGAACGAAGAGACUACCAAAAAGUUAUUUCGUGUUUUGAAAGUCGAAUACCCAGCCGACGAUGACAUAACGUACACCUCCCAGGCUACCAAUGAUCUGGGAAAGGCGAACAAAUCCUUUACGAUAAGAGUCUACAGUGAGUGUUAA